CCGGUCGGCGCGGUGUGCGCAGGAUGGGCCGCGGGCGUCCUGGCGCAGUGAGUGACCCCGGGCCGCGAUUGACCCCGGGCUAUGAGCGUCCCCCGAGCUGCGAGUGACCCCGGGCCGUCAGCAUCCCCCGGGCUGCGAGUGACCGCGGGGGCCCGCUGCCGCGGAGGGCGGCCCGGGGAGCCUCGGCCCGGCUGCUUCGGAGAGCGAGGGCAAGCGGAGGCUGGACGGAGGGGGAUUCGACGGCGGCGGGCACUGCCGUCUCCUCUCCUCUUGGGGCUGCCCGGCCCCGCCAUGCCGCGCCGGGGGCCCGUGUGUUUCUCGGGUGGCGAUGCUGGUCAGGAGCGGCAGCGCCGUGUCAUUGUCCCGGCAGGUCCAGGACACCGGCGGCAGCAGCGCCGUCAGCAAGUGCUCGGCGGCAGCGCGGGGCUACAUCCAGGACCGGUUCCUGCGGCUUCUGGCGGGGCGGCGGCGGCGGCGAGCGCCCCUUAUCCACCGGGGUUAUUACAUCCGCGCCCGUGCUGUAGAUCACUGUGUUCAGGACUUCCUGCUGAAGACACAAAGCCUAGCCAGGACACAGAUCCUAUCUUUAGGUGCUGGCUUUGAUUCCUUAUACUUCCGUUUGAAGGAUAUGGGUCUUCUGCAUCACACUGUGGUAUAUGAGGUAGAUUUCCCAAAUGUGGCAUGCCAAAAAGCUACUCUGAUCAAAGGAAUUAAAGAGUUGUCAGCGCUGGUGGGAGACACUGGAGGGGAAGGAUUAGGAGCCAUUACCUUUUCUGGAGAUGAUUAUAAAUUACUGGGAGUGGAUUUAUCAGAGCUGUCUGAGCUGGAGAGAACCCUGGAGGAAGCAGGACUGAACAAUGAAAUUCCCACCCUCUUCAUCGCAGAGGUGGUGCUCACCUACAUGGAGAACACCAGGUCAGAUGCCUUGAUUCAGUGGGCAGCAGAGCAUUUCCCUCGGGCGUGCUUCCUGCUGUAUGAGCAGGUGCACCCAGAGGACCCCUUUGGACGUGUCAUGCAGCAGCAUUUCAGGCAGCUGAACACUGCACUGCACUCACUGGCACAGUACCCUGACUGCAAGGCUCAGCAGAGGCGCUUCCUGGGGAAGGGCUGGACUGAGUGCAGUGUCAUGGAUAUGAAUGAGUUUUUCACCUGUUGUAUUCCAGAAGAUGAGCAGCAAAGAGUGCAGACUCUGGAACCUUUUGAUGAGUAUGAGGAAUGGCAUCUGAAAUGUUCUCAUUACUUUGUGUUGGCUGCAUCAAAGGGGAUGGAACCUUCCUGGACUCCGUUGUCACCCAGUGUAGCAGUUCCUGGUCCUGUUGGGAUGGCAGGGAGUGUCUCUGCAGCAGUGUGUGCAAGGCUCUCAGGAAUUCCUGGCCUGAGACGUUACGGUCACCACUCUGUUCUUAUAAAGCCCAACGUGAUUCUCACCAUGGGAGGCUUUGGGGAGGAGGAUGGACAACACUGCCGCGUGAGAAAUUUCCACGUGCUGAGUAAGCAUGCAGGCCACUGGGAAGCUGUCUGUGUGGCACAGAAUAUUCCUGAUAAAAGAUGGGGUGAGAGGUUGUACCAUACUGUGUCUUGUCUCUCGGACACUCUGGCUCUGGUGGUAGGAGGACGAACAUCUCCAUCGAGCACAGGCUUGGGAAUGUUGUGGCUGAAGUUCCCCAAAACCUGUGAUGCUUCAGGCCCAGAUGACGUUGCAGUGGAGCUUGUAAGCCUGCAGCCUGCUGCUGAAGCAGCAGCUUUGCGUUGGAGACACAGCACAACUGAAAUUACAUUCAAAGGUGAGCAGUACCUGUUUGUGUAUGGUGGCCGCUCUGCUCUGGAGCCUGUGCUCGGGGAUUGGCAUUUCCUGCACGCACCAGAACUCUCCUACACUGCGAUUGCUGUUGAGGGUCCAGUCCCAGAAAGCCGCCACUCUCACAGUGCCUGCAGCUGGGAAGGAGGUGUGCUGAUUGCAGGAGGUCUGGGAGCAGCUGAGCAGCCCUUGGGUUCAGUUUUCCUGCUGAGGGAGCUUGAACAUGGCUUUCAGUGGCAGACAAUAGAGACACACCCUCCUCUUGUCCCAAGGUAUUCACAUACUGCACAUGUGCAUGAAGGAAAGCUUCUGCUCGUUGGUGGAGUGUGGUUUCAUGCACCCUCUGUGCCAGGUGUCACUGUCAUCGACUUAAUGACUGGUCUCUGUUUGAACUAUAGGAUUAAUGUGGAGCACCUGGAGUGGCCAUUAAUGCUACAUAAUCAUAGCAGUGUCUUUCUGCCAAAUGAAAAGGAGCUGUUGGUUAUUGGCGGUGGUGGAAACUGCUUCUCCUUUGGGACACACUUGAACCCAGAGCCUGUCUUGCUGAGCCUCAGCAGCAUCCUGACCAGUCACUGAGUGGGACUAAGCAAGGCUGAACCCUCCUACUGCACUCUGGGGAGACACCUGUUCACUCUAGGUCCAAAAGUAGGGCAAUAUUUCCACAAGGCUUUGUAUCCAGAAUGCAUUUGUGAAGGUGGGCUCAGGAGGGACUUAAGUAAGGGAUUCACACCUCACUGGCUGUUGCAUUUUUGCGGCUCUUUGUGUUGCUGUAAAUAAGUACCUCAAAAGCAGCUGGCAGCAGUAGUCCUUAGAGGUGAAGAACAGUGUGGUUUGGGUUGGAAGGCACUGUAAAGAUCAUCCUGUUCUACCUCCCUGCCAUGGGUAGGGAAACCUUCCACUAGACCAGGUUACUCCAAGCCCCAUCCAACCUGGCCUUGGACACUUUCAUGGAUGGGACAGCAACAGUUUUUGGGGCAACCUGUGCCAGGGCCUCACCGGCCUCACCAGCCUCACGGGGAAGAAUGUCAUCCCAACAGCCAAUCUAAACCUGCUCUGUCUCAUUUAGAAGCCGUUCUCUCUUGUCCAGUCACUCCAGGCCUUUGUAAAUAGUCUCUCUCCAUCCUUCUCAGCCCCCUUCAAGUGCUGCGAGGCCACAAUUAGGUCACUUCAAAGCUUCUCCAGGCUGAACAAUCCCAACUCUCUCAGCCUUUCCUCAUAGCAAAGAGGUGCUCCAUCCUUUUGAUCAUCUUGGGGUCUCCUCUGGUCUCUCUCCUGCAGCUCCACGUCUUUCCUAUGCUGGGACCCCAGAGCUGCAGGCAGCACUGCACAUGGGAUCUUACCAGAGCGGGGCAGAAGUGAAGAAUCCCUCCCUUCCCCUGCUGCUCACACUGUGGGAUCAGCCCAGCACACAGGGCCAGGGCAUGGCCAGCCUUUCAUUCACCAUCAUCCCCAAGUUCUUGGGCAGGGCUGUUCUCGAUCUCUUCAUCCCCAGCCUGGUUUGAUACUGGGGGUUGUCCUGAUCCACAUGCAGCACCACCACUUGGUCUUGUUAAAGCUCAUGGGCUCCCACGAGCCCUCUUCUUGAGCUUGUCCAGGUCCCUCUGGAUGGCAUUUGGUCCUUCAGGAUGUGGAGCUGCUAGAAUGAGUCCAGAGGAGGCCACAGAGAUGCUCAAAGGCUGGAGCCUGUCUGUUCUGGAGACAGUCUGAGAGAGCUGGAGGUGUUCAGCCUUGGGAGGAGAAGGUUCCAGGGAGACCUUAGAGCCCCUGACUUCAAGAGAGGUGGAAAUAGACUUUGGACAAGGGCCUGGAGUGCCAGGACAAAGAGGAAUGGCUUCCCUCUGCCAGAGGGCAGGAAUAGAUGGGGUAUUGGGAAGGAGCUGUUCCCUGUGAGGGUGGUGAGGCCCUGCACAGGUUUCCUGGAGAAGCUGUGGCUGCCCUUUGUCUGGAAGUGUCCAAGACCAGGUUGGAUGGGGCUUGGAGCAACUUGGUCCAGUGGAAGGUGUCUCUGCCCAUGGCAAGGUGGUGGUACUUGAUCUUUAAGGUCCCUUCCAAGCCAAACCAGUCUGUAAUUCCAUGAUGAGUGUCUGACUGCACAUCAGUUGUUGGGUGCAGAGAAAUUGUUAAUAUUAACUUUGUUUUUCCUCUCUGUUUCUUUUCUCUCAUCCAGUAUUUUUGGAAUUUGUUUCUAUUUUUUGAAUUAUCUCAUUUUAUGAGUUUCUUUCUCACUUUUUUUUCCUUACUGGGGUUAAAGCACAAGACCCUUCCCCAGCUCCACUGCCCUUCUCUGGAUACACUCCAGGAACCUCAAUGUCUCUAUUGUUGUGCCGGGCCCAAAACUGAACACAGGAUUCGAAGUCCAACUUCACCAGUGCCCAGCACAGGGGCAUGAUCACUGACUGCCCUUGUGUUAUGGAGGCUCAUGAAACUGAGACAAAUCGUCUAUUCAAAAGAGAUCUAUUUUAUGAAGCAGUUAACCUCCUCCUGCUCCCAGCAAUUACAGAUCCAACAACAAAUGAAAACAGAUACAUGAUGUGAAAUGAAAUUGUUACCACCUGACUGACUUAGAGAAUCCUGAAGGUUUCAGCGGGGCAACGUGGAAUGCAUGGCCAUUGUGCCCAAGGCAGCAAGGGCUCUCCAUUGGACUCCUGUGGGCUCCUGGGUAUCCAAAAGGGGGUUCUGACUGCCCCAGGAUGACACACAGAGGGCUCUGUCUGCCCCAUGCACUCACAAAGGGAUUCCUGACUGCCCCACGCUGUCACAAAGAGGGUUCUGGCUGCCCCAUGAUGUCACAGAGGGGGACUCUGCCAGACUGCCAGGCUAUAAAAGGGGCCCCACAGGAGCAGACAGUGCUGGGCACAACAGUCUGGCAGUGUCUUGGCAGACAACAGCCUCAGCUUCUGCCACCCCACCAGGGUUGGAUUUCCAUCACUGGGACUCUGCAGGUCACGGGGGAACCUCUUCACCAGCCUGUGCUGGUGACCUGGAUUGCCAGACAGUGCCAUGGAAUUCAUCAACAUCUUCACCCUGGGUGAGCUGGUGGCAGUCACGAUGGUGGUGCUGCAGCUCAUCCUGGUCACUGUCAUGCUACGGGACAAGCGUCUAUGGAGGAUCCAUCAGAACUCGACGCAUGCAAGCGCAGCGAGAGGCCGGCUGGAAGGGCAGAGCAAUGUGGACAGGGCACAGAGAUCAGCAGAGAUGGAGCUGCCCCAUGGCAGCUUCCCACGCGGUUCCAUGAGCUCCAGGAGGCGUUUCCCAAGGUUCAUCCGGAGCUGCCAGGACUCCCAGGUGCUCUUUGAGGAGCACCGCAAGGAGCUGGAGGCACAGCUGUCCCAGUGGCGAUGGGGCCGGGGGAGUGGCCGGGUGCUCCAGGCUGAUCUGCAUGUUACACCAAGGCUGCUGGGGGCCAAAGAGUGUCCUCAGUGCCUUGGAGUGGAGUUGGCAAGGCCAGACAUGUACAAGGUGACAGAAGAGAACAAACCUAAGAACUUAAGACGACACAGUAGCAACAGCUCCAUGGUGCUGCAACGCAGAAGAUCUGUGGCAAUAGCCAGGUUGCUCCCUAGACUAGUGGUGAUCAUGAAUCCCAUUGUAUUGGAAAGCAGCAGCAGCAGGAGCAGCAGCUCAAUGGAGCUGGAAUACAGCACCAGUACUGCUGCUGGAAGGUUCCUGGGGCAGAUUCACGCUCACCUUCGGAGAUACCUGGAAGCCUGGCAGACACGCCAUGGUCAGCACCGCCGGUGCUUCAGCAUCUGCUUGAAACCCCAGUGGUGGCGGCGGUGCUGGACCCAGUUGAGAAAAAGGGUGUAGUAAGAAUGAGUAGUCAGGAAGGGGUAGGGGAGAAGGGAGCUUCCGGAACUGCCUGGGACAGCACAAUCCCUGGGCCUCUACAGAUCCCUCUGUAGAGUUUUCCUGUCCUCUGGCAGAUCCUUUACAAUUUGGCUGAGGGUCCCCUCCUCCAGGUCAUUGAUAAGAAACAGGACUGGUCUCAGUGCUACCCAGGGGAGCCCCACUGGUGACUGGAUACUGGAUACUAGAAUUCAGCUGUCCCCUACCACUCUCCGGGUCUGGCCAUCCAGACCCUUUUUUACAGUGAACAGUGGACCUGUCCAAGCCAUGGGCAGCCAGUUUCUCCACAAGAAUGCUUUGGGCUCAAAGGCUUAAUAAAAGCCCAGGUAAACAUCAUCCCCAGCAUUUUUCUCUCCUGCCAAGCAGGUCACUUUGUCAUAGAAGGAAAGCUGUGGACAAUCCAGGAGACUUCAUUGCACCCUGCUUUAAGGGUAGAAUGAAGGACCCUUAACCCGUGGAGCUACCAAUCUGCCUACCAGCCUUCCCCCUGUGUCUGAGAAGAUUCCCACUUUGGUAUCUGCUCUUCCCCUGAUUCUUACCCAUCAACCCUCAAUUCUUUCAUCACCACUGUCAAUUCCUAGACAGUCAAAACAUGCCCUCAUAGACAGGACUACCCUGCUGCUUCUCCUUCCGUGCUGAGCCCUUCUGAAGAGUUUAUCUCCUCCCAACUCCUGGCAACACCAACCUGUUUGCUGGCAGGAUGGUGUGAGGAGCAGCAAAGGCCUUGAUGCUCAGCACUGAUUGAAACAUCCUGGGGCUAUCAACAGUCUGUUCAGCACAAAUCCAAACCACAGGCCCACUGGAAGAAAUUGAACUCUUCCUGCCCAACUCAGCAUGUUCUCCAGCCUUUAUUAAUCCACGUUGUGUAUGUCCUGCUCAGGUCCCACACCAUCACAACACAUCCUCACCACUCCUUUGCCCAUGAAAUGCCUGCAAAACGUCCAUCAGUCUCCAGAGCUGGGCAGCAGCUGUCCUGUGGAACCAUUGAGGAGGAGGGUGAUGGAAGUGGAGGAUCUUGUAGAGCCAGAUAGGAGAAGCAGGUCCAUGGGGCUGUGCAGCACUGUCACCAUUGCUCUGGGUAGAAAUGGUUCCCCAUGUCUUCUGCUUUCCCCUUUUUUAAAAAUGGGGGUUAUAUUUCCCUUUUUCCAGUCAUCAGGGACUUUACCUAACUGCCAUGAUUUUUCAAAAAAUUAUGGAUAAUGGCUUAACAACUUCUGCUAGUUCCCUCUGGACCUGGGGAUGUAUCUCUUCAGGUCCCGUUGACUUGAGCACAUUCAGGUUCCUUAGAUAGUCUCAAAUCUGAUCCUCUCAGUGGGCUCAGGGUCUUCAUUCUCCCAGUCCCUGCAAUUGCCUUUCUCAACUUGGCAGCAUGGCUGGAGCACUUGCCAUUGAAGACUGAGGCACAGAAGUCCUUGAGAACAUCACUCUUCUCUUUGUGCAGGGCAGUCAGGUCUCCUGUUAUCCUUAAUAUCCCUGUCCCUGCCCUCCCCUUAAUCUUUACCCACAAGCUCUCAGCUGGCUCCUCAUACUUCCCCGGGCAGAGUUCCAUAUCCAUAGAGGGCUACAUCCCUUCCUCUUCUUUCUAGCCUUUCCUAAAAUGUCUAAGCCCUUCCAUUCCAGUGCUCUAGUCAUAGGAGCCAUGCCACCGUGUCUCCAAGAUACUUUGCUUUCCUUUUCACUUGCUGGUUGUUGCCAGUGCUUGCUUUUAUUCAGAUGAGAAAAUUGCCAACCAGUUUGGUUAAAAAUGGCUUUCCCAAGUGUUAGGAGGAGAUGAAAGAACCUGAAUCUGCUGCUUCUGAUAAAUCCAUAAAGGUGGGAUGCUGUAUGAAACUCACUGCUAUAACUAGCCAGUAACUUCCACUGAUAUUUUGACUAUUAAAAAUUGUGACUUUUA